AUGCCUAAAAGAACGCCAAUUUGCGAAGAAGCAAUUCUUGAUGCAUUAGCUAAAUGCCAUGCAGAAACAAAACCCAACAUCAAAUCUAUUAGCCGUGAAUUCGAUGUUAAUUAUUCUACAUUGUACGCUCGGGUUAAGGGCGGCAAUAGCGCAACCGCUGGUCAGCAACCGAACAGAGCAUUAGAUGCAAUUCAAGAAAAGGCAUUAAUGGGAUGGAUCGAUGCACUACAAAAUGCAUAUAUUAAUCCCAAUUCGGGGAUGAUUAAGCGCACUGCAAAUGCUAUUCUACAACGGUCGGGUGAAGAUCGGGUCGUCGGCCAUUCCUGGGAGAAAAGGCGCAUUGAGAGUGGACAUACUGGCGAAAUCAGUGACUGGUUCGAUCCUUACGAAGGACUGUUGGAAAAGCACCACUUUCUUCCGCACGAAAUCUUCAAUUGGGAUGUGACUGGCUUCCUAUCAAAAAGAUUGCAAAAGCAUUUGAAACGCGGUAUGGAUGCAAAUGUGCUAUUGUGUCAAAGAAUUGAACAAACAGAGUCGGAAUUGAAGAAGGUUAUGUUCGAUAUAGCUAGGGCAAACGGGCCAAAAAACAGAAGAGCGGUACGCUCAUUGAACCGCACCCCGUUGGGUCCAGCUACUGCCCAAAAUUCGAUCAAUGCGAGGAGAAAUGAGGAUUCCCGCAGGCGCAUUCGUCAAGCUGCUCGGCAUGAACAACCCCUGAUCGCCGAGCGAGCUGCCCAAUUGGAAAGGGAUAAUGACGAGUAA